CUCCAAGACCCAGGGCAGUCCAGAACUUUCCAGUCAGGCACAAUGAGCACAAUGGUGUCUGCCCUGCUGUCCCUGUUGCUCCUUCUGGGUUCUGCAGUCCCUCAGGAGACCCACACUGGGUCUUACUAUCUGAGCUUCCUCUACACCGGGGUAUCCAGGCCCACCGACAGCUUCCCCAGCUUCCAGGCCACUGCGUACCUCAAUGACCAGAUCUUCUUUCACUAUGACAGUGAAAGCAGGAAGGCCGUACCCCUAGACCCAUGGAGCCAGAUGCAAGGAAUAGAGGACUGGGAGAAGGAGAGUGAACUUCAGCAGGCCAGGGAGAGCAUCUUCAUGGAGACCCUGCAGGACAUCAUGGACUAUUACAAGGACAAAGAAGGGUCUCACACUUUUCAAGGAAGGUUUGGCUGUGAGCUCCUGAAUAACAAAAGCAGUGAAGCAUUCUGGAAGUAUGCCUACGAUGGACAGAACUUCAUCGAGUUCAACAAAGAAAUCCCAGUCUGGGUCCCCCAGGACCCAGCAGCUCUGAUCACCAAGCAGAAGUGGGAGGCAGAAGAUGUCUACGUGCAGCGGGCCAAGGCCUAUCUGGAAGAGGAGUGCCCAGCAAUGCUACGGAGGUACCUGCAAUACGGCAAGACCUUCCUGGACCGACAAGAUCCCCCAUCUAUGUCCAUCACCAACCACAGGACCCCAGGAGAAGAUACAAUCAAGUGCUGGGCCAUUGACUUCUACCCACGAGACAUCCAUCUGGACUGGAAUCAGGGGGGCAAUACAGUAGGGACUGAGGUGAGGGGAGAUGUUCUCCCCAGUGGAAAUGGCAGUUACCUAUCCUGGGUGUCAUUGGCACUUUCCCCUUGGAGAAAUAAGAGCACACUCUUCUGUCACAUAAUGCACAGCAGCCUGGACCAGCCCCUCAUUGGGCUGUAGGACAAGAGGCAGGGAACCAGGGCUGACAGCCACAAGGGGACUCAGGCGUAGCAGCCACCCUUCCCUCGGGACACCAGAAGAUGAGCUCCAGAAAAUUACCAUGAGAAUCACCAGUGGGGCCCAGGGAACAGCGUGAGGAGUCAGGGGACGGAAGACUUGAGUGCCAGCCACCAAGCUGACUCACUGCUAAAUUGUCUUGCAAAACCCCAUUAUCUAAUCUAUAGAAUCAAAUCAAUAGGAAUCACCUUGCCUAAAACACAAUGUAGAAAGAGAUUUAUCAAUUGCAAUGGUGUAAAAAUAAUGAGUACAUGCUCCUAA